CUACAAUGCGUAGCUCAACAACAACAACCACACAAACAACUACGAAGGCCACUAGCUUAACAAGUAAGAUUGACCUCUCAAUACGCGUAGAACUACGCAGGGGGAAUAAGUCAUUAUUAUGGGAUCCUGUAUUGACCAAUAAUAUAUCUGCUGUUUAUAAUGCCACUUCAGAGAGAACAUGUGAUUUAAUAAAAGCUGCUGCUCGGUUCACUACAUCACUAAAAUUUGAAAUAACCUUCUGUAAUAUUCUACGAUUUUAUCCCGGCUCUAUACUAGCUGAAGCAAUAAUCACUGUGAACUCUACAGAUAAUAAUGUCAGUCAAACACAAAUACUUCAGGCAAUUCAAAACGGUGCACAAUUAUAUCUAAUGAAUCAAACGAAUAAUAUGGCACUAGAUUCUAGCCAAAUAAUGUCAAUUGUGUUAAUUUUACAAAAGCAAACAUGUUCCACAUUGUCAAAAACAUGUUCACCUCAUUCUGAUUGCUUUGAAACACCUGAUGGAGCAUAUUGUUCAUGUAAACCUAUGUGGACAGAUUUAAAUCCAAGACAACCUGGAAUACAAUGUGUUUUAAGUCCAGCUGCAAUAGCACUUAUCGUAUUAGCAGCAAUUAUUCUUGUGAUUAUCAUUACUUUGACAAUCUACUUCGUUUUGCGAUCAACACCAAGUGGUGAACGUUUUAUGUACUCAUUUGUUUAGAGCAAAAGAGACUCAUUGAAAUUAUUGAUGAAAAUGCCAACAAACAAACACAGAUAAUCAAUGUAUACUUUUCAUUUAAUGCCAUAGUAUUUUGCUGUGCUUGUCCUAACUUGGCUAUUUUGCAUUCUAAAAAGUCUAACAGGAUUUUUUCCUUUGUUAAGUUUUUGAUGCCG